AUGGACUCCAACGACCUCGAGAAGGAGAGGGGGAUCACCAUCUCUUCAAAAUACACGUCCUUCCAGCACAAGGGUUACACGCUGAAUGUUGUGGACACCCCUGGCCACGCCGAUUUCGGUGGUGAAGUCGAACGUGUGCUAGGCAUGGUCGACGGAGCGGUGCUGCUCGUGGAUGCCACGGAGGGACCCCUGAGCCAGACCAAGUUCGUGGUCGAGAAGGCCCUCCAGCGGGGUCUGCGCCCCCUGGUGGUCCUGAACAAGGUGGAUCGCCCGGCGGCGACGCCAGAGCGGUGUGGAGAGGUGGAGUCGGCCGCGUUCGAUACCUUUGCCCUGCUGGGCGCCGACGAUGACCAACUCGACUUUCCGGUCCUGUAUGCCUCAGCCCGUGAGGGCUGGGCCAGCCGGGAGCUCCUGCCCCGGGACGCCAUGCCACCCCCGGGAGGGAUGGGGCCCCUGCUGGACGCCCUCAUCGAGCACGUCCCCCCCCCCGGGGACCGCUCCGCCGAGCCCUUCAGCUUUUUGGUGGUGCUCACCGAGCGUGACUCCUUCCUGGGCCGGGUGUCCACCGGCAGGAUAGCCACGGGCAGCGUGGCCGUGGGCGACGCCAUCAAAGUGAUCAAGCACACCGGCGAGGAGCACAUGGGGUUCAAGGUGACCAAGCUGUUCAAGCGCUCGGGGCAGAGGACGCUGGAGCUGCAGCGGGCGGUGGCGGGCGACAUCGUGAGCAUCGCGGGCGCGCCCAUCGCGGGCGUGGCCGACACCAUUGGAGAUGUGGGUCUGGCCGACGCGCUACCGCCCGGCCAGGUGGACCCCCCCACCCUCUCCAUGAUCAUCUCCCCAAACACCUCCCCGCUGGCGGGGCGGGAGGGUACGCAGCUGACGGGCUCCAAGAUCGGCGAGCGGCUGCGCCAGGAGGCCGAGACCAAUGUGUCCCUGAGGGUGCUGCCAGUGACGGGGAGCGGCGGCGAGGCGUUUGAGGUGCAGGCUCGCGGGGAGCUGCAGCUGGGCCUGCUCAUCGAGAACAUGCGGCGAGAAGGGUUUGAGCUGUCGGUGUCCCCACCCCGCGUGGUGUUCCGGGAGGAGGCGGGCAGGCGCCUGGAGCCCAUCGAGGAGGUCGGCUGCGAGGUCGCGGACGAGCACGCAGGGGAGGUCAUCGAGGCCAUGUCCAACCGGAAGGGAGAGAUGACGGAGAUGGUCCCCCUGGAGGUGGACGGCAAGCAGCGCCUCACCUUUGAUGUGCCCUCCCGCGGCCUGAUCGGGUUCAGGUCCGCCUUCGCCACCAUCACCCGCGGCUCGGGCCUCCUGCACCGAGCCUUCAGCCGGUAUGACGAGUACCGGGGUCCCCUGGACCGGGUGCGCAAGGGCGUGCUGGUGUCCACCGCCACCGGGCGCACCACGCUGUAUGCGCUGGGCAUGCUGGAGGCGAGGGGUGACCUCUUCGUCGGGGAUGGCGGAGACGUCUAUGAGGGCAUGAUCAUCGGGGAGAGCAGCAGGGACGGCGACAUGGGCGUCAACCCGGUGCGCGAGAAGAAGCUGAGCAACAUGCGCAGCGACGAGAAGGUCGAGAAGGUGCACCUCACCCCCCCACGCCUCAUGACCCUGGAGGACGUCAUUGGGUACGUCGCCGGGGACGAGCUGAUCGAGGUCACCCCCACCAAGCUCCGCCUGCGCAAGCGCCUGCUCAACGCCUCGGCCCGCAAGUCGGCCAGCAGGGCGGGGUGA